CAGAGAAGGCCAGUUUGUUGCAGGAGCGCGUGGCGCUAUUGACCGUAACUAGGCAGCAGCGCAUAUCUGGCAACCCACAGUACAGCUGAGAGCAGCGAGUGCACUCUGCCAGUGUAAUAUCAACAUUGGAAAGGACGCAGUCCAAAUACAGAGAUGGCAGUGAAUGUAUACUCCACAUCAGUAACAAUUGAGAACCUGAGCCGACAUGACAUGUUGGCAUGGGUGAACGACUCCCUUCAGCUCACCUACACCAAAAUAGAACAAUUAUGUUCAGGGGCGGCUUAUUGUCAGUUCAUGGACAUGUUGUUCCCAGGGUGUAUUCUUUUAAAGAAAGUGAAAUUUCAAGCAAAGCUGGAACAUGAGUUUAUACAUAACUUCAAAGUACUCCAAGCAGCUUUCAAGAGGAUGAACGUUGAUAAAAUAAUUCCUGUGGAAAAAUUAGUGAAAGGAAAAUUCCAGGACAACUUUGAAUUUGUCCAGUGGUUUAAAAAAUUCUUUGAUGCCAAUUAUGACGGGAAAGAGUAUGAUCCCAUUCAAGCUAGACAGGGCCAAGAUGUGGCGCCUCCACCAAAUCCAGGUGAACACUUUUCCCACAAACCCAAGAGAACUGGUCCCUCAGGGCCUCAGAGAACAUCGCCAACAGUACCUAAAAACAUGCCCACACCACAGAGGGUGACCACCACCAUAAGAAAGAACCCCACACAUGCCCGAAAUGGGGGAAGUGAUGCUGAAAUCAUGGAGCUUAAUCAACAGUUGAUGGAGCUGAAGUUAACCGUAGAUGGUCUGGAGAAGGAGAGAGAUUUCUAUUUCAGCAAACUUCGAGACAUUGAACUGAUCUGUCAAGAAAAUGAGACUGAAAAUAACCCCAUUAUCAAUAGGAUAAUUGAUAUUCUGUAUGCUACAGAGGAUGGCUUUGCACCACCAGAAGAUGAUGAAAUAGAUGAGCAGGCCCACUUGGACCAGGACGAAUACUGAGCAUCCUCCUCUUCCACAUCGUCGUGACCCUUCACCAUUUCCUCUCCCCACCACUUUGAAUGACUCCCCUCUAAUCGCACGUUAAUAUCCUCUCAGUUUCCUACAAAUGUAUGGGCUCACCAUAUAUACUCUAUCUCUUUGUCCUCCGACACUGGUUUAUACACUACAUAGGUAUCAACAAACACUCGCCGUCCUCACCCCCAUCCAGACAAUAGCACCAACAACAACACAUCCUAGCCGUCACAGCAUGACAUAGAGAACGAACAAAAGAGAAGGCAUCAUAGAUCGUGGGUAGCACAACGGACUGAAAAAUGUAAAUAUUGUGAUGGGAAAGAUGUUUUUGAAGAAAAAGAAAAUGAAGAAAAAUGUAGCUUGGAAUGCAGUUAUUCAUUGUGAGAUUUUCAUACACAUUUUCUUUGAGGUCCGUCUCGGCUCCAUUCAGUAUGAAAUGAUCAGUUUCACGCCAUCCAUCUGUGUCUCCAGCUUCAGUCUGCCUCUCUCACUGACUGUACACUUUUAAAGGGAUAGUUCACGCAGAAAUGUCUAUUCUGUUAUCAAUUUCUCACCCACGCAUUGUGCCAAACCUGUAUGACUUUCCUUCAUGGAACAAACGAAGAAGGUUGCUCAUUUCCAUAUGACUGCAGAAAAUAGGGACUGAAGCUUUCAAGCUUGAAAAAGGACACAAAUGAAGCAUAAAAGUGGUCCAUACGAUUCAUACGCUAUAUUCCAAGUCUUAGAGCUUCUUACAAACUUCAAGAAAACACCAACAAGAGCAAGAGAAGAUGUUACGAUUUUAAGUGAAUAAUGGAACGGCAUGAAGGUGAGUAAAUAAUGACAGAAUUUCAUUUUUAGAUGAACUAUCCCAUUAAAUGACUAAAAACAGCAGACACUAUCAGGAAGAAUGCCAGUAAUAUCUUAUGAAUCUUUUAUAUCUGCAAAGACACUGAUGGAAAUAAAUGCUCAGCUAUAGAGAGGACUUUUAUACUUUUGAAUGUGGAUGAGCCAGUGACAGGGUAAAUAAAAAAAAAAAAAAAAUAAAAAUGACAUGAAAAUAUGUCAGCGAGGCUUUAAAAUGUGUGAGACAACAGUAACUUAUGGCACAGGUUGUUUUGCGUAUACCCAGGGAGCAUGUGAAUGUUAUACAUUGACAAUUUAUGAGUGAUUGUUUGAAAAUUAUAUUUUUCUGUUGUGCUUGAUUGUGACAUUAUUCUUACACCUCAAAAUAGAAACUCACCAAAUGGAUGGAAAGUGGUAUUACCGUUAUAUUCAACUAGUGUUCACGACACUAUUGAGCAUGUGGGACAGUACUCAUUGAUACUGUGUACAUUUUAUUUUGGUGGCAACCAAAUGUGAUACUACUGAUCAGAUGAUGUCAUGUCGAAUUUAACUGACGUUUGCUGCUAGUGUUGCUGCAUUUAUGUGUUUUGAUUUGUAUUUAUUUCGCUCAGCUAUUGAAUGUGCAUUCUUAAUUGUAAAUCAUAUCCGAUUUGUAUAAGGCCCUGAUCAAAUUAAACAGAGAUGUUAGAUGUCAUUGGUUUGAAUCGACUUCUCUCUGUGUUGAGAACCUGAGUCAUCUUGUAUUGUCUCAGUAUGGCCAUAAUUGUGUUUGCAUAAAUUGAUUUGAGUAAAUAAACAUUUGUGAAAAUA